AUGGCUCCGAGACUGGCUGGUCCCUUGCCGCUUCUUGAGGCGCGCAUUCCUAUUUCGCCGACCGACUUGGCUUUGCGUCGUCGCUUCCUCUCCGGCACGCUCAUUGAUGCCACCUCCUGUUCUGGCAACCCAGGAGACCUUGGUGGGGCUAAUUUAUGCAUGCCUUCAAGCGGCCUUCUGCAAAGCCUCUUUGUGCGAGCCCAGGUCGACUACGACCCGGCCAAAGACAGCCAACAGGUGGCUCCUCAACGGGCUCUGGGCAUUCGCUCCGGAGAGGUCUGGCAGGUGGUCAACGCGAAAGAUCCAGACUGGUGGCAGGUGAAUAGCAGCACUUGA